GACUGAUAAACAUCGGCAGCACACGGUUGAUAGUAAAAUAUACCAGAUGUUUGAUUGAUAAGCGUUACCAGUUUGACGACGCUAAUGUUUUAAGUUCUUCGGUAAUGGAGGAUGACAGGAUGGAGACGGGAAACCUCAUACCAAAAAUCCAUGUGGAAGUUCACGUUAAAUCUGACAGCACAGCUAAACGGUCUGAGGUGAAAAUGCAUGUUCAGAGUUUACUGAACUGUCACAGCAUGGUGUUUGGAAACUACAGAUGGACAGAGUUUGACGAUGACUUCCUUCAGAAGCAUGUGGCAUCUGUGGUUAUAGAUGUUCUAGAAGAAAUAGUUACACAGCCCCUUGAUUUGAAGAACUGCUGUGUCUCUUUUCACAUCUUCACAUUGAGCGAAGAUGGACCUAGCAUGCUCACUUUGGAGGAGGAUGAGGAGCUUUCAGCUGCAAACCACUGGUUACUGCCUGCAGCUGAAUUUCAUGGGAUUUGGGAAAGUCUGGUUUAUGAAACUGGAGUCAAAACUCAGCUCCUGGAUUAUGUCACAACAACAAUUUAUUUCUCAGACAAAAACGUUGACAGCAACCUGAUUUCAUGGAAUCGUGUUGUUCUGCUUCAUGGACCUCCAGGCACAGGGAAAACAUCACUGUGCAAAGCUCUCGCCCAGAAACUGUCAAUCAGACUGUCAAGUCGGUAUUUAUAUGGCCAAUUUGUUGAGAUAAACAGCCACAGUUUGUUCUCAAAGUGGUUCUCAGAGAGUGGCAAGCUGGUCACAAAGAUGUUUCAAAAGAUCCAACAGCUGAUUGAUGACAAAGAUGCUCUUGUGUUUGUUCUGAUUGAUGAGGUAGAGAGUUUGACAGCAGCAAGAAAUGCCUGCCAGGCAGGAACAGAGCCUUCUGAUGCCAUUCGUGUGGUCAACUCUGUCCUCACGCAGCUGGACCAGAUCAAACGACAUUCCAAUGUAGUGAUCCUGACGACCUCCAAUGUGACAGAAAAAAUCGACUUGGCCUUUGUAGACAGAGCUGAUAUCAAGCAGUACAUUGGACCGCCAUCUGAAAAAGGCAUUUACAACAUCUACCUCUCCUGCCUGGAGGAGCUGAUGAAGUGCCAGAUCAUCUACCCCCGGCAGCAGCUGUUUACCAUGUUUGAGCUCGAGACUAUGGGCUUUGCAAAGAGUGAGGUGUCCGAACACAGUCUAAACCUGAGGAACAUUGCUAUAAAAAGCAAAGGUUUGAGCGGAAGAGCACUCAGGAAGUUACCAUUUAUAGCCCAUGCACUCUUUGUAAAGACACCAACAGUAACGCUUGAGAGGUUUCUGGAGGCUAUGAGCCAAGCUGUGGAAAAACAGAAGGAGGAAAAAGCUAACUUGGUCAAUGGUAUCUGAACCUGCUGAAAUUCCCACAGGCUGACUGAUUGUACCUUGUUUGUGGUUUAAAACCUAUAAAACAUCUUUUUUAUAGAGCUUAAUCAGUUCAUUUGUCAGCACUACAUUCAAUAUAUAUACACAAAUGCUAUUUUAACAAGUGCUGUAACACAAAAGUGUUUAUUCAGGUAAUUUUGCUGGUGCUACUCUCUUAAAUGACCAAGACCAUAUCUAUGUCGACAGAGGAAUUGUAAUUUUAAGUUGUAGCCCCCAAUGCUUGAAUUUUUCUGUUUUAUAUGCUAUUAACAAAUAUGUUUACUCUUUUCUCACUUCCAAAGUAUUUAAUUUUUGUUGCUUUAACCAUAACUGUUUCUUUUUUUUCUUUUUUUAAACCUAUACUAUUUGUGCACAGACAUUAGAUCAGUCAGUGUGUAGCUAUGCUGACAUGACAGCUUGUUGAAAAGAAAUGUGAGUCCCACAAUGGGCCAACAGACUCACCGGACAACAAAUCGAAAAUAUAGUAAACAUGUUGCAGUUUGUUAUGAACGGUUAACCUGUGUGUGUUAUUAUGUGUUCUUGUUAAUUGGUCCCAUUCAAGGUCGCUUAUUUCAUCUGACAAGUUUGUAAGCUCAGCUGGCUGCGUCCCCUACAGAGGGGGUUUAUGCCUGUGCAGGAAUCAUUUGAUGUAAAAAAAACAAAACAAAAACGUGAGUGGACUUUACCCUUCACAUACAAUCUGCUUUGUGCUCUG